UUGGAAACGAGGCCAUUAUCAAGACGAUAGGCCAAUAGGCUAGAACAGGGCGCCAAAACAAAUAGAUAUGGAACGAAGGAUGACACGAGAAACUAACUUUUAGAAGUGAAAGAGCAAGCUGUUUGUGUCGAGGAAAGAUGUCUGAUCAAGAUGUCUUACUUGCAACUGCAUCUGGCGAAAAUGUCAAGUUUUGGAGCACCCCAAAUAUCGAGCUGCAAAGCGUUAGAUUGUUCGGUGGAAUGGUUAAUUGCACUUGCUGGAGCUUGAACAAUACACUGUUAGCAACUGCAGUAGAAGAAAAUGUCAUAAAUGUUGCAAGUUUUAAAGGUGAUUCAACAAUAGAUAUUGCAACAGGGGAAGAACAAGUCUGUCUAUGCUUCAGCUCAAAUUCAAGAUACUUGCUCUCAGGAAGCAGAAAUGGGGUUGCUCAGAUUUGGGAUUUGAAACAUAAAACAUCAAGAAAGUCAUUUGUCAAGGAUCAGAGGUCUAGCAUACUCUGUACAACGUUUAAUUACAAUGAUACAACAAUAGCAUCUGGGUGCGCAGAUGGCGAUGUUCUUCUUCACAAUGUUGUCAGCGGAUCUGCUUCUGGGCCACUUAGAAGACCAAAAACACAGGCAGUUCGCGGUAUUCAAUUUUCAAAUUUCCAGAAAAACCUUUUGGCAACAGCUAGCGACGAUUCUGCUAUAAAUCUCUGGGAUGUCAGCACAAAGCAGUUAGUUGCGGAAUUCAAGGAUGAGCAUAAGCUGCCAUCAAACGGAGUAUGCUUUUCACCUGCAAAUGAUAUGCUGAUGUGCAGUAUUGGUAUCGACAAAAAGAUUGUUUUUUAUGACGUUGUAGGCAAAAAAACCAUUAAAUCUAUCAAUACGGAUGCACCAUUGACGAGUGUAGAUUUCUUCCAUAAUGGAUCAAGUUUGAUUGUUGGCACCGCCACAGGAAAAUUGCAGUUGUAUGACCUGAGAUCUGGAUCUGUACCUAUCAAAUCAGCAGUUGCCGAUAAAGUCGCCAUCAAAACAGUGUCUUUUCAAAAAGCUCUAAUUCGGACUUCCUCAAAGGACCUUACAAGGAAAGGUAGCAAUUCAUCGAUCAGUUCAACGUCAUCAACCAAAUCACGAGAAAGUACCAACGAUAUAAAAGAGCCCAAGACAGUGCCCAGUGAGGAAAAGAAGAAAACUUGGGUUGAUGGGAUUGCUAGCGAGUCAGAAACUGCCAAGCAGCCAGUCUCAUUGUUCUCACCGCUACGAGGAGAUUUAACACCUGCGGUUGAUGCAAGAAAUGAAGACUCAGACAUCGUGCCGAUGGAAAUAAUGCGGAAGGAGCUUCUUAAGAAGAGCUCGCUUUUGUCGUCUCUACAUGCAGAGGGCCAGAAAGUCAGUGACACACCCAAACCAACUCGCAGCGAAUUAUCUGAUCAAAGCUUACCCCGGAAUGCGUUGGAAAAGGAGGGGAAAACCGAAACGAGGCCUGAAAAAACCAAAACGAGAAUAAUGUUAUCGAAAACACCGAGCGAUUCUCAACUUUUACAUCGAACUGAAUCUUCUCCUGAAAGAAGAAGUGUGGAGUCAUCAAAAUCAUUAGUCAAUGGACAAAACGAAACGUCGCCAUCUCUCGGAGCUACAAGUUCGGAUGAGAAACCACCAAAUGGGCUGCAUGAGUUCCAAAUUGAAUUCAUCAGGAAUAUGAUUGAAGACGCGAUUGAAGAUACAAGGGAAUCGAUCCAUCGAGGCUUUGUCCAUAUUCAAGGUGAAAUGCUACGUCAAUUCCAUAUGCAGCAGGAUGAAAUACGGAGGCUGGUUGAACAACUUUCCCCGAAUCAACAACUAAUUGAAGAAAAUGCAAGGUUGAAAGAGGAAAUCAGACGACUAAAGACAAACUUUUGAACUCCUGGUUAGUUUAAUGGUGAUCUGUGCUUAGAAAUGUCUCACAAUUAGAAAAUAUAGUAAGGGCAUGGACAACGUAAGCGUUUCAAAGUUGGAGGGGCACUUUCAAAGUUGGAGGGGCACUUUCAAAGUUGGAGGGGCACUUUCAAAGUUGGAGGGGCACUUUCAAAGUUGGAGGGGCACAGGUAGGAAGGGGCAUUGUCUCAGGAAAUGUAGCACUAUUCUCAAAGUUAAAAGGAAGGACUUCUAAAAAAGGGUCUUUUUAAACAAAUGGGGUGGGGACACGUAUCCCUGAUGCCCGCAGUCCUAAAGUCCUUGAAAAGGAAUGUUUCAAAUGAAAAGAUGCUACUAUCAACACGCAGAUGAAGUGACAAAAUAACUGGAUAUACUAUUUGCUUAGAUUUCGCACACGUUUCGCAGGGGUAGAAUGUUUCACUACAAACAACAUCAGCCAGCUACACCAAUAAAGACAGUUAAAUAUAUUUUCCGAUUGAGAGUAAAUUGUAUUUUCUAACUAUUUUUCUGAGUUUGAGAAUUAUGGAAAUGUUGUUGUAAUGACGUUUCUAAUCAUGUAGAAGAUAUCAAAUAAUUGAUUAUGUCCAGAUAUGUAGUUACGAGGCUGUUGGACCUUACGGGGUGUGACAUCCCUGCGAAAAGAGUCUCGUUUCAAAAGCGACGUGUUUUUUGCCAUAUUGGUGUGCUAAGUGGUCGAAUUGUAAGUAAAAAGGGAUGGCUUACCCACCGUGUUUAGAAGUUGGACCGGGACAUCCUCUUUAGAAAAAUCGCAGGCGACGGCCUUAACUGUCACACAUGACAUACAGUCUAAACACAAUAGAGAAUCUUUAUCACAAAUGCAAGUUUAUUUGGUGUCACCAUGGGCAUGGUCUUAGGUUUCGCUUCUACUAGUUGCCUACGGGACAGCCCCCUCCUAACAUUUUAGAACGGCCGGGGCGAAAUAUUAGUUCUACAUUUAACUUAUUUCAAAAUUUGAUUUUACAACGUAUUGGAAUCUCGUUGUCGUGUUGCUUUGUUCCUGACUAUUUCCUUUAUAUUAUUACUCAUUGCAAGAUUUACAGCAUCUGACGGACAGCCUAUCCUGCGUUUCUUCCUUCUUCUAAAAUCAUUGUCCGGGUUAGGCUGCCUUAUUGAUCUCAGCUCAUGUUGAGACUAGGUAAGAAGUAAUGUCAUAAACAUUGCAUCAGUCUUUUUCUAGGAAUUUUUGUUGUUUGACUUGGGAUUAGGCACAGUGAAAAUUCAUGGUUGUUUAAUUAACCGUUUCUUAGUUCAACUUGUAAAAUUAUUUAUGAAGGAUAGAUUGGUGUUUAACCGCAUGUUUAUAAGUUUUGCAAAUAAACAGAUGGUCGUCUUU